UCACAUUCAUUUCAACAAAGAACUUUUAACAAUGGCGUCGUCCUCGAAAUCGGUGGUUGUGUCGAGCAAGAGAUCCGCCGGCGAAUCUUCUUCAUCCGAGAUCGAGGAAGCGGUGGCGAGUCUAACGAUGUCUUCCAACAAAAUCACGCUAAUCAGCUCCGACGGCGUGUCCUUCGAGAUCAACGAAGCGGUGGCGCGUCAGUUUCUGAUCGUAGCGCACAUGAUCGAAGACGAAUGCGCCGACAGACCGAUUCCGAUCGAGAACGUGACCGGAGACAUCCUGGACUUGGUAAUCGAGUACGGAGAGAAGCACGUGAAGAAAGGCCGUGUUAAGCUUGACGAAGAGGAAGAGGAGGAGGCGAAGAAGAAGCUGGACGAGUGGGACAAAGAGUUCUUGAAGAAUAUAGAUCUGGAGACGGUGUUUAGACUCAUCCUUGCGGCGAACUAUCUCAACUACGAAGGGCUUCUCGGUUUCGCUAGCCAGGCGGUUGCGGAUCACAUCAAGGACUUAUCGCCAGAGGAAGUUCGAGAGAUCUUUCACAUCGAGAACGAUUUCACAAAGGAGGAGGAAGAAGCGAUUCGCAAGGAGAACGCUUGGACUUUCAAUGAAAACGAUAAGUAAACAGAUUGAAGAUUGCAGAUUUUUAGGGUUUUUAUUUCUCUUUUGUUUCAUCUGAAAUGUGUGAUUUGACUUGGUCUCAAGGUUAUCUUCUUUGUUUAGUAGUACUACUCUUAAUGUUCUUGCUAUGUUAGCGUUCUGAAUCGAUUCUGGAUGGAUCUUGUUAAAAACCCUAAUUGAAAAAAAAUUUCAGUGUUCUUGAUAUUAUUACUCAA